GGGAACUAAAUAAAGGAGGAGCUUAUGAGGCUGGGAGAGAGCUUGUGUGCCACAGAGAGAUGCUGUUGCCAGGGAACAGGGAAAAUGAUGAAUUGCCCAUCAUUCACACUAUAUGUGUGAGCAAAUUAGAGACAGAGACAGACCAACAGACCAUUACAAACAUGACGGCUUAUGUUGGCUAAAGAAGGAAAUAAAAACAUACGGUUAAGCUGUGGGGUUUAUAUAAUUUUAACCGUGAGGGAGAAAGAGAGAGGGAAAAGGGGUUGAGAAGGAGAGGGGUAAAAAGAGAGGGAGUGGGUAGGAAGUGAACCCUGCGGAUACCUCAGGUGGGGAUUGCAUAAUCGCAGCUCAGCACAGCGUAGUGUUCACCACACUGCCCAGCCUCUCUGGGAUUACCGUCUCCUCCAUCACCAUAGCAGCUCAGAGGAUCAACACGCACGACGGACUCCCCCCACCACCUCCACCCACUUCCCCUUCUUUAGAGAUGGAGGACCGCAGGCGGACGGGUAAGCAGUCUAGGAAACAUCAGAUUGGGCAGCGCAUCAUCAUGGCCACAGGCUGAGGAUGGGCAUCCGUGGUGAGGAGGGAGCUGAACCAGGCAUACAGACCUGAGUAGACUUGGUCCUAUCCAAACUCCAGCCAGCCAGCCAUCCACCAACCUACCGGUUCCAGCCAGCCACCCACCGACCUACUGGUUCCAGCCAGAGGGCUGCCCUUUUUUUUCUCAGCACGGGCGGGCAACCAGGCACAGAGGGUUCUUCCUGUUACCAGCUGCUCCAGAGACGCAGAGAGAGACGUAGAGCUUGAAGCUGAGCCCUGGCCUCCUCUGGGGAGGAUGGGCACUGCGGAGGCCACCCUACGCAUGGAGAACAUGGAGGUCAAGGAUGAGUGGCAGGACGAGGACUUCCCCCGGCUCUGUUGUGAGAAAAGCCCUUGGGUGCCUCUGCCUGAGGAUGGAGAGUCAUGUGGCCUGACGGACAACACAACCUCUCCUCCCGGCCCCCUACAUGUAGGAGAGGACAUGGUUUCCUCCUCUCGCAGGAAACGACGGACUCUGGUCGCCCCAGACAUGAAUCUAUCUCUGGACCAGAGCGAAGGUUCCAUCCUGUCCGACGACUUCCUGGAGACACCUGAUGACCUGGACAUCAACGUGGACGACAUUGAUACUCCAGACGAGACAGACUCUUUGGAGUUCAUCACCAACGGCACCGAGCUGGAAUGGGAAGAUGACACCCCUGUUGCCUCGGCGAAGGGUCCCCCGGGCAAUGGCGCGGGGCAGGGGGGAGAAGAGAGCGAUGGGGCCAACCGCCUGUGGAGGACGGUGAUCAUCGGAGAGCAGGAGCAACGCAUCGACAUGCAGGCUAUCCGGCCAUACCUGCGCGUUGUCACCCACGGAGGUUACUACGGCGAAGGCCUGAAUGCCAUCGUCGUGUUCGCAGCCUGCCAUCUCCCUGACAGCAGCUGUACGGAUUAUCACUACAUCAUGGAGAACCUCUUCCUGUAUGUUAUCAGCAGCCUGGAACUGCUGGUGGCGGAGGACUACAUGAUCAUUUGCCUGAACGGAGCCACUCCCCGCAGGAAGAUGCCUGGCAUCAAUUGGCUGAAGAGGUGUUAUCAAAUGAUUGACAGGAGGUUACGGAAGAAUCUGAAAUGUCUGAUUAUUGCUCACCCUUCCUGGUUCAUUCGGACUGUGCUGGCCAUCUCAAGGCCUUUCCUCAGCGUGAAGUUCAUGGAAAAGAUCCGCUACGUCCAGAGCCUGGAGGAGCUUGCGCAGAUGGUGCCCAUGGACCACGUGCAGAUCCCGGAGUGUGUGCUGCAGUAUGAUGAGGAGAGAAUGAAGGCUCAGAGAGAAAGUCGCAGUCUAGAGCGGGAGCGUCAGCAGCCAGAGGCGUCCGCCUCUAAAGAGAGUCCACUCUCGAUGGCAGAGGAGGCAGCGCCCUGACAUCUCGGGGAAGCUUGACUGGCUGCCCUGCUCAAAUGGGUAUGUACAAUGGAAUGGAGAGGGACAAUAUAAAUCUAUCAUCAUUCUUCUCUUCACUGCCAAAAGACCCACGUGGCCUAGACAGCCUCUCCCAUACCAGCGCUUUUCUGCAGUUAUGUGUCACACUGACCUAGCAAGACACUGACACUGACUAUGGCAUUUUCCGUAGCACACGGUCUUCAGGAGCAGAUCCAGAUCAAUCCCCAGUGGAGGACAAUGACUUUCGAAAUGUCCUUCUUCUUCUACAAACUUCUCCUCUUCUCAAUGUCUUCAAGUUCUCUGAGCAGUUACCAGCAGUGAAUGUCAAAUGCACACACAUUAAGAGCACAAGGAAGGCACAUGGCCACAGACUGCCAAGACACAACUUUCCAGACUGUAGAACUGAACAUCCUGUUCCAAACCGAGUGGGAGAUUUCAGAGUUCAGUUCAUUUUUGUGCGUCUGUUUUAGAUCUUGCCGGAUUAUGUUCCCAACUGGUUGUGUUAAGACGUUUCUAUGAGACAGCUGGGAUCAAUGUUAAAGUUGUUGUAACAUAGUGUACAGUGCUAUACAUGUCCAUAAUGUAACAUUCGUGGUGAAAAUUAAUGGAAUGAAAAAUUAAUUCUGUUCAUUGUCAUGUUGCUGCAUGACUCUGAAGUCCGUGGUGUCUUAUACACUGCAGAAUCCAAUGACUGAUCCACUUCAUGAGGAGAGAGUGACCAGAAGGCCUGUGCAGGCAGCAUCAAGGGAAUAUUACAUACCCAAACUAACAACAGAGUUGUGGCUCAGUGUCUGUAAUGAUGCGGUUCAUUUAUAAGUUAACUUAACUUGUUCUGUGGUUGAAUAAUAACAAAAUAUGUAUUCUGGCUUAAUGGAGGGUGUGGGGCGAGGUGGGUGUUCUGUGACAUGCGGUUCUGUAUAUACAGUGUAUGUAAACUUUAAGACCAUUGCCAUGUGAAAAUUAACUUCUUAAUUAUUUUUUAUUAUUUUAACAAAUGCUUUGACCACGUGAAGUGGCCUUUUAAAACCAUUAAAUGAAAAUAACAGACAUAAAAAUGUAUGUUAUCUGCUGUAUUUCA